CACAUGAUGAGACAGGAGACCUCUUUGGCUACUUAUAGGAACUGGUGUGAUUUCUCAGUAAUCUUUAAUGGGUAAUAUUGCUGACUGAGGAGAAUUUGAGGUAGGAUGAAACAUUUCUGUGCAGGGAUUGGGGAGGAAGCACUCAUUUAGAAACAUAGCAAUGACUUAGGUUUUUCCAAUCAAGCCUAGAGCCAAAUUUGGCUUUGGAAGCAUGUGGUGCUCAGUGGCUAUGCCACAGGGAAGUCCCCUGAAAAGGGUCCAUCAGCUUUUGCUCAGUACAGGGAGAACAUUAGCAAGGAGGCAAAGUCUGUUAUCCAUGACAUCAGCCGUCCCUUCGUGGACAUUCUAUUGUCUCCUAGAGAGACCUUGGAAUCCCUGUGAUGUCACCAGUAUCGUUGUGACAACCAAUUCCCUACUUUUUCUCUUAGUGUCCAAAGGAUAUAUCCACAGGCAUGUUUGCCCGUCUUCUCAGGCGCUUUGGGAGAGUUGAUGUUGAUAGAGAAGACUCUAGAGUGAAGCAAACGAAACCUAAAGCAGCCUGCAGACAGACGUCAUCCCCUGAAAAUGUCCUAAACAAGGUGCAGGCCAACGAGGAAGAGGAGAGGCUGAAUAGAGAACUGGAGCUAACUACCAAGGAGAGAAAUGAGCUGACAGAUCGCCUCCUUUAUGUGACAGGUGGAUCCAUGAGCAAGAGCCCCUACUUCAGGCCAAAUCCAUUUUAUGAAAACUUGAAGAUAAAGGAGAAAGAGGUCAUGUCAUUACUGCACAACUUAGACACAAAGAACAUUGAACAUCGUGAGAAAUUUCAGGAGCUCAAGAAGGAGAUUAACUUCUAUCGCAACCUGCACAGCCGGCUCCUGAUGGACCAGGCAUGUAUGAAGAAGAAGUUGGUCACAUUGAAGCAGGAGAGCAAGGAGUUACAGCGAUAUUUGUUUGAGUUGAACCCGAAUGCUGAAGACGAACAGGAGAAGACCAGCAACCUCCAGACCCAGCAAAAUGUGGUCUCAGGAACUGCAGGAGACAUGGAAUAGGACAGAUCCCAGGAAGACAGCCCCCUGAAGAGUGAGUUUCUCUGUCAGGAGUUCCCUGCUGACGACAAUCCUCAACAGUCAAAGACUUUUUUGGGGAGAAUAUUCUUCUUCUCAGUUAAUUUCCUCAUUGUAUAGAGACCCUAAAUUUAUGUAUCCGUAUGCCAGCCUGUCUCAUUGAGAUCUUUCUCCUCUCUCAUACCGACAACACCAUUUGAGAGACAUCUGAGGGGACUGCCUUGAAAUCUCGUGUCCUAGAGGAGAAACAGCACUACAACUGUGUUUCUAAAUGUUCAUUAAGAAAAUGCUGUUAAGAAAUAUUUUUGGUUAUGAUUUUCAUUGAAGUUUUCUUUUUGUUAUAUCAUAGUUAUAUAUUCUUGUUACUGUUUUUCAUUUUUUAUACCAUUUUAGUUGUUCAUUUUAUGCCUGU